UGGGUCGAAAAGAAAGCACCCCAUCCAUCUAAUCAAGACUUGUCGUCCAUUUUACAUAAACCAGCCUGCACUAUACAGUCCUUACAGUCCUCCCUUACCCCCGAGAAUUCACCGAGAUCCUCAGACCCUUUGCCAGCCACCUGCCCGCAUCGCAUGGAAAUAACAUGGCUGCAUGGGCAACAUAUUAUCCCAACAUUUGGCAACCCCAGGGAACCCCGUCUCUGUGAUGGCGAGGGUGCUCGGCGCGUCUGCCUGCCUGGCAAUCCGGACGCUCUCAUUGGCCAGAGCUCCGCAUGGACGCUUGUGCGAGCGGAUGCCGUCAUCGCGCCCUGGGGCUCAGCAAGGAUCGUUUCGGGCUUCACCAACGGACAGCUCCGGCUGCUUGAUUUAAAUCCCCAGGCCUCUCACUUCAAUCGACUCGAGACAAAUAGCUGGCUUGCGCAUCGUUGUUGUGCCUUGGCGAUUCUCUCGCAACUUGGAGCCUCAUCUCUGCUCGUCUGCUCGCUCGAGAUCGACGUCCUUAUCAGGCCCUGGCUCGAGCUAACUCUAUUGUCGAUCCCCGGCCUUCCUCAGCCUUCCCAACCUCCUUCGCCGAAAGUCCGAGCACACCAUAACUUCAACUGAACAGCCUGAUCCAGCCAGGCCCGGUCCUCUGCUUCUCUUCCAGACUUUUCAGUGUCUUUGGUUGCCCGGCGCUCCUGGAAACCCCUCACGAGUCGAUUACACCUUGGACACAGGCCGCCAAUGUCGUCACCCGCAGCCCCCGACCCGGCCGCCAACCGGGAGUCUGAGCCUCUCCUCGGGCGUCCUGGUGCCGCCCUCCAGAAACCUAAUGAGCCCCUCUUCUCGAACCUGUAUAGGGGAACCGGCGGCUUCGCCCUGGCCGGCGCAAUUCUCCUGCCCGCCAUGGUCUGGUCCGCCGUCUUCACCCACCCGCUGCUGCCCCUCUUCUCGCCGCACCCGCUGCUGCAGAGCCUCGGCGUCUUCACCCUGACCCAGGCCAUCCUGGUGCUGCAGCCGACCUUCGACCCCAAGGCCAAGGUGGUCGGGGCCCGCGCCCACGCGACCCUGAACCUCGUCUCUUUCCUGCUCUUCGCCUCGGGCGUCGCCGUCAUCGAGGCCAACAAGUUCAAGAGCAACAACCCCCACUUCAAGUCCCUGCACGCCUACCUCGGCGUCGGCGUCUCCUUUCUCAUGCUGGCCCAGUACGCCUUCGGCUUCCUCAUGUGGGGCGUCCCGGGCGUCUUUGGCGGCGUCGACAAGGCCAAGGCCCUGUGGAAGUACCACCGCUGGGGCGGCUACCUCGUCUUUCCCCUGAUCCUUGCCACCGUCGUCACCGCGACCGACACGACCUACAACCACAACGUCCUCGGCAUCAAGCUGUGGGCCGUCAUCCUCUCCGUGGUUCUGAUCGUCAUCGGCGUCUACCCGCGCAUCCAUGUGCAGAAACUCGGAAUCCGACGUUGAGGCGCGGUAACCCUACCAAAAUUCCGAUUGGCAGGCCUUCGGAGCCUGGCCCUGUUUCGGCGUGCCCGGGAUCUUACAGUAUCCCAAGCGGUGACGAAGGCUCGCCCGCAUGCAGUGCUGUUUUUCUUGUUUUUUUUUACCCAGUCCUCUCGGCAUCGCUCACCGUCCUAUCUCUCUCCUCGUUUGUCCCAAGUCUUAGUUUUUGGCGUUCAUUUAGCAAGGUGGGGAACUGUUUGACCCUCAAAUCAGCUCGUUGCCAGGUCGGCUGCUUUGUCCUUUCAGGUUGUUUCUCAUGCUUUCGAGGUCGCUCAGCACAUCCGUCCGGCGAGGAGAAGCUGCAGUUGCUGGUUUUCAGUGAUGGUAUGGGCUUCAUAGCCAUCUGUCGAGGUCCUCUGAGCGUUAUACACACAGAAUAGGGAGGGUUGAGGAUUGAUAAUUCGAACAAGAGGUCCCGCAGACACUCGAUUUCUGUCUCACGGCGCUCAGCACAAACUGCAUUUCUGUUCGACUCUGCCACAGGAGUAAUAAAUAGGGGCCAGUCUCGACAAACAACCAACGUAACUAAUAUCUGCAUGACGCAUCCGAAAACAGAAUGAGGUGGGAAACACA